AUGAGGCAAGUUUUGCUCCCCCUCCUUUUUUUCUUACAGGUAGAGCAAGUGAAACUACUAGAUAGGUUCAGCACGAGCAAUAAGUCACUGACGGGAACUCUAUACCUUACAGCAACUCAUCUAUUAUUCAUAGAUUCAAGCCAGAGAGAGACGUGGAUACUACAUCAUCACAUUGCUGCGGUGGAAAAACUUCCCUUGACUACUUCUGGCUGUCCCCUUGUCAUCCAGUGCAAGAACUUCAGGACAGUUCACUUUGUUGUUCCCAGAGAGAGAGAUUGUCAUGACAUCUAUAACUCUUUGCUUCAGUUGUCAAGAACAGCAAAAUAUGAAGAACUGUAUGCCUUCUCCUAUAAUCCAAAACAGAAUGAAUCUGAGCAAGUCAAAGGUUGGCAACUUAUUGAUCUAACAGAAGAAUAUAAGAGGAUGGGAGUGCCAAAUAGUAACUGGCAGUUGUCUGAUGCAAAUCGUGAUUAUAAGAUUUGUGAGACCUAUCCUAAAGAACUUUAUGUUCCCAGAACUGCAAGCAAGCCCAUAAUUGUUGGUAGCUCCAAGUUCAGAAGCAAAGGAAGAUUCCCAGUGUUGUCAUAUUAUCAUAAAAAUAAAGAGGCUGCAAUUUGCAGAUGUAGUCAACCUCUCUCAGGUUUCAGUGCCAGGUGCCUGGAAGAUGAACAUAUGUUGCAAGCCAUCAGUAAAGCAAAUCCUUCAAAUCGCUACAUGUAUGUCAUGGACACCAGGCCAAAGCUUAAUGCAAUGGCAAACAGAGCUGCUGGGAAGGGUUAUGAGAAUGAAGACAACUACUCUAACAUUAGAUUCCAGUUUGUUGGCAUUGAAAAUAUUCAUGUAAUGAGAUCCAGUUUACAAAAACUUCUAGAAGUCAGUGGCACAAAGGGUUUGUCUGUCAAUGACUUCUUGUCUGGUUUGGAGAAUUCUGGAUGGCUACGUCACAUCAAAGCUGUGUUGGAUGCUGCUGUCUUCUUAGUCAAGGCAAUAGCGGUGGAGAGUGCAAGUGUGUUAGUGCACUGCUCAGAUGGCUGGGAUAGGACUUCCCAAGUCUGUUCUCUUGGAGCUCUCUUACUAGAUUCCUAUUACAGAACAAUCAGAGGAUUCAUGGUCUUGAUAGAGAAAGACUGGAUCUCUUUUGGGCACAAGUUCUCUGACAGGUGUUGCCAGUUAGAUGGUGAUCCAAAAGAGAUCUCACCAGUGUUCACCCAGUUUUUAGAAAGUGUGUGGAAUCUGACCGAGCAGUUUCCACAAGCCUUUGAGUACAAUGAAGCUUUCCUCCUUCAGAUCCAUGAACACGUCCAUUCAUGCCAGUUUGGUAACUUCCUUGGAAACUGCCAAAAAGAGCGAGAAGAACUAAAAUUAAAGGAGAAGACAUAUUCCUUGUGGCCAUUCCUUCUGGAUGAACAAAAGAGAUACCAGAAUCCUUUGUAUAAUCCAGACUUUUCUCCAGAACUAACUCUUCUGGAGCCUAAUACAGUAUCAUUCAAUUUUAAGUUUUGGAGAAAUAUGUACCAUCAGUUUGAUCGAAGUAUGCAUCCCAGGCAAUCUGUGUUCAAUCUUAUAAUGAACAUGAGUGAACAAAAUAAACAACUGGAGCAAGACAUUAAAGAACUGGAAGCUAAAAUAAAGCAGAGAAAUGGGCAGUCAGAUGCACUCCCUGUGAAGGAACAGCAGCAGCCUGCUCAUCCUGCACCCCUGGCACUGAAGACCCCUCCAUGCUUCAAGAAGGAGCAGCCACUGAUCCCUGUAAACGAUGCUGUAAGAACUAUAGAGGGCAGCAACGCAGCAGACAAUCGCUACAGUGAAUUUGUGGCAGAGUUCUCGAAAGCUGAGCCUGCUGUUGUCAGCUUGGAGUAUGGAGUGGCCAGGAUGACCUGUUAAUUAAAAUCCAGAGCCGUGCUCCUCUUCUAGACUGAUUGAAUUAAGAGAUGGAUUAUUUUGAGGAUGGGUCUGUGCUGCAUGACCAAAACAUGAUUUGUAUAUUGGCAAGUUCUGUUAACAUAGACUAGAACAGCAUGCUAGUUGUCAAGUGUUUGCUGUUCUUCUAAGGAAAAAAGUGUAGUUGUCUUUUAAGAGGUAGGAGCAUUUGGUAAGUAGUAAAUAAAAAUCAAGGGAGGGUAUGUCUUUGGAUUUAAGUCAGUUUGCACUAAAUAAGUUAAAAUAGUAAUAUUACUUUAUCCAGUGUAGGAAAACACAGGUGGUCUUUCACAAAUUGAUUUUAUUUGGGCAAGAAAACUUGAACUUUCUAUUUUAGGAACUGAAGCUACAUGUAUAUAUUGCUUAUGAUAUGAAUAUGUAUACCCUUGUUUAAUGUUACCCAGUACUAACUUUCAGUGUAUUAAGUGCCAUGGAAAAUGUGAUAUAUUUCAAAUCAUAAAUAGUUGGCCUUAAACCUGUCAGAUCAGUUAUAUCGUUGUCCUUACUAUUGCAGUCUACCUGGCUCUGUUUACGUUGUAUUUGCUCAAAUUGUUAUUUCCUUAAAGCAGGACUGAGUAUAAGGAAUGAAGCAUGCCUAAGCUGGCACAGCCUUUCAGCAAAUAGCUGUAUGAAUGUUAACUGUUCUUUCUUCCAAUUUCGCUAUUGUUUAAAAUCUGAUAGAUUGGCCUGACUUUCUUCUCUGGCAGCUCAGUAGAUUGAGCAUCACUGAAGCUACAGGUUGUGUCUGACCUUAAAUACGGUGCCAUAAAUCAACACAUUUAAUUGUAAAGAGUAAAACAUGUCAUGUAAGACAGUGGAGCUUAGCCAAUAACUGAAUUGUCGGGUUCAUUCAGAUUGUUUACUAUGUGCUGUGCAGUUGUUCAAGUUGCAAGAAGGGAAGCAGAAGUUCUGGAAGCAUAAUCUACUGACAUUGUUUCCAAGGACAAAAAAGUCAUUUAUGUGUCUGAAGCUCAUGAGAAACUGAGUGCCUUCUAAAUCUUUCAUUAGAAGGAAAUUUUAAUUUUCAGUGAAACCCCCUUUUCAUUUUGUAAAAACCUGUCCAACCUGUGCAUAUUUUAAGUAAUUUCAGUACAGUCCAGAGAUUGUUUUUUUUGUUAUCGGAGAGGUGACAAAUACUACUUCUAGCAGGAUGCAGUAGUGAUCAUGGGACAUAAGAAAAAAUGGGGAAACACAGUUUGUAAGCUUAAUUAUAUAUCUGUAACUGUCAAGUAAGGGAGAAAGUUUUUGCUAAGUUUGUUCCAUGAUGGAUUUUUUUGAGCAGAUAACAAAAUAGGUAAGAAAAGUGCUGGUGCCCUGUUCUUAAAUAAAGGUAUAAAUUAUAACUUUGGCUAUUAAGAUAUGUAGGUAAGAUGUUAGAUUAAUGCUACUGACACAUUUUAUCUCUGGAUUUAAAGAAUUUUUGGUUACAAGUGAAAAUGAGUUUAUUCUCAUCCUAAUCCCUGAAGUCUUGUGAAAUGUACUGGUGUGUCUCACACAAUUUGUCAUUAUUGGCAGCGUUUCCCUCUGCACCAUAUUGGAUCCAGGACUCUAUUAGCAAGGCCAGUAUAGGUCAUGAUCAAGUUGCACUUGUGAAGCUGUCUGGGAAAAAUUAACUGUGACUCCUAUGUUUGAAUAUUAAUUCACCUGUUUCAUUGAUUUGUUUUUUAAAAGCCUCAAAGUGUAAAUAAAUGUUCAUAAGUAUUUUUCUUUAUUCCCAAUGACAUGAGCAUAGUGUCACAUUUAAAAUACAUUAUCCAGUCACUUAAAUGUGUUUAGAAUUUCUCCACUACAAGUUUUGAUAGUUUCACAGUUGCACAGUGGUGCCUUACAGGGUUGCAACAAGAGGUUUUUGUGCCUUGUUAUUUAUUGUCUCCCCUCUUCUCUCAUCUUUGUAUCAACUUGGUUCUGUGGUUUUCCUUUGGAAAAAUGUCCUGUAUGUUAAGCUUGUGUUUUAUCACAGUAGUGACAGAUUUAUCAGUGACGAUGUAGGUAAGUGAUAUCAAUUUGUACUUGUUUGUUUUAAUACUUAGCUGCUCUGGUGUGCCAUGUACACUUUUCAUAUUUAUUAUUUAGAGGUUAUAGACUCAGAAGAUUAUAUUAAGCUUUUUUGCAAAUAUUGUUGUAUGUUGUUUUUACUUUUAACAACCAUCUGAGUACCCCUGUAUACAAGGCUUUUAAAAAGAAGAUCAGUUUCCUUCCAGUACUCCUAGUGAGUCUGUUUUGAUCUUCAGGCCAUUUUUAUUGGCAGAGUUCACCUCUUAGCAGAAGGAAUUGGGAUGCCUUUUUAUUUUAAAUCAAGGUAGACAUGUUAGGUCAGCUUUAAAAUGCCAUAAAACUAUCUGCUCAAGCACAGAACUUGUUUUUUCAUCAAAAAAUACAAUACUUCCUGAUCUGAAGUAAAUAUUUUACUCCCAUUAGUAUAUGAAUAGAGUUUUACAAGGCUGUUUUGUAGAGCAGCCUUCUUGUAAAGUCCAGGUAGCUCUGCCAACUCAGCCCCUAGGGUCACCAGUGAGAAAAGUUCCUGCAGAGAGGCAGCUGUCUCUUCUCAUUUGCUGUUUAGGCUUAAGCCAAAACUACCUAAAGCACAUGGGACCUGUGGUGAAGUAAAUAGAUGGUAGCGAAGUGAACUCCAACAAAACUUGGCAGCAUGGCCAGGACUCAGCACAGUGGGGCUGUUCUGUGUCCUUCAAGAAGGGUUUAAAAAAUAUGAAGCAAGUUGACUCAAAAAAAAAAUUGUGGCAGAAGCUUUCUGGGAGCAGAAGGAAUUCUUAUUCCAGUGGAUGAGCUUUUCUUCAACAUGAACACACUGCUUCGAGAGCAGUAAUGAUACUAAAAGGUGCCCUGUACAGCUCAAACUAAUGUGCAGGACACUUUCAAGCUGAAGCAUUAAAGUGUAGUUGGUGCACUCACCAGUUGUUUGGGAAUAUAAUGUCCCAGGUAGAAAGCUGUUACAGCUGAUCCUGCUCCAUUGGUUGCAAGACUUUAACAUCUGUCAAUUCUUUCCUUCAUCUUGAGAAGGUCUCAGUCAAGUCUGUGGGUUUCUACAUUUUGUGCUGCGUUUGAUCUUUUUUGGAGUCUAAAUGAUAUAAAAGAGAAAUAAUUCUGUUAAUUAACCAAGCUGAUAGAUCUCACCUGAGCAACUAAAACUGAUUUCACUUUGUACUCCAGGCAAUUUAUUUCACUAAUACCAAAAGAGUUGGACUUACUUUUGGGAGACUUGCUGUUGUUAUACUGUAUUCUUUAAUACAAGUUUAAAUAUUCAACUGCUUUGUAGGGUGACUGCAAAAUUUACAGGCUAAGAAAUUAAUUAAGCAACAGUGAACUGAGCCUGUGUGUUUUCAACACAUGUCCAAUUACUAGUGACCUAAAUACAGGGCAAAAGCCUGAAGUCUGGAGUCCAUUUAGAGAAUUGGAACAGCAGUCCUUCCAUAAAACCGCCCAUCCCUAUGUGGAACAAAUACCCUAAUAUAAUGUUCUUUUAGAGGGAAAGCCAUCACAAAUCAAGCUGUGACAGUUUAAUAUGUGUCUUCCUCAGGAUAAGCACACUGGAGAAUGCCUUGCUGGGAAAGGUGAUGUGUUCUUCCUCUGUAGCUGCUGUUUUCAUAAGGCCUUUCGAUAAAGAAACACAUCAGCACAUCCCUGAAAACUUGCUACUCCAGUUCUGGUAAAGUAAGCACAUAACUGGAUGCACAGUUGGACUGAAGUAUGGCUGGAAUAGACUGACUUAACUACUAUCCUCUCAAGGAAUUGACAUAAAUAAUAUAAAGAAGUUCAGUGUUAAAACAGCACAGGACACAUGCUAUCAAUAUAUGUUCUUUAGAGUCCCGCUGUGCUCUUGAGCAAGCGUGGCUAGCAUGAGGGUCUUGUGUAAGUAUGAUGACUGCUUUCUAGUUAGUUCAGAGAUAAUCUGAUUUCAAACUAGAUCAUUCCUCCACAGUGGUAAAUUAUAGAUCUUUAGGUCAGAACGUAAAGGCUGCUCUUCAAACCCUUUUUUAGUUGCUAAUAGUUCUAAACCUAUAUCUGAUCAUAAACUUAAGUAUACUGGUUGUGAAACCUGUAUUAACCUUUAGGAUUAGGUCUUUAGAUUAGACUGCAGUCUGCUUUGACUUGCUUUCACCACUUAUGCCAUGCUUUUCUCCAAGUGUUGGUGUGCUUGAUAUCUGUCUUUCUGAUAUAACAGGCUUCUUACUGCUGUGGAUGUUUCAAAAACCUGGAAGUACUGCAGUUUUUUCCACUAUUCUGAAGGCUCAGAUUAGUGAACAGUAUGGGUGAGCUUAUGACCUACCUACAUGUUAAAUAGCAUUGAAAAUCAGCACAGCAUCAUAAUUCAACUUCCAUAUGCACAGUAGGCUUAAGGAAGAGGAUGUAGUCAAGAUCCUUGUCACAGCAUGUAGCAAGGAACAGGAUCCUGGUGGGGUAUGACUCAUAAAAAGUAGAAGCAGUAGAACUGUUUCAAUGUCCAGCAGCAGCUCAGGGACUUGAGGUGGAAAGUCAGAGGCAUGCUGCUUCUGAGAUCAGUUUCCAAGUCCCAGAGACUUCAGUGACCUGGACUAUCAAACGCUUGUAGCUGAGCAAUUCUGCACUGGCAUCAAGCAGCAGAAAAUAUAUAUGCAUUUGUGUUUCUUAAUCUACUGACUUCAAGUAAUAAAUGUCCCGGUGGUGACUUUGAAUUUGGGGUGCAGUAUUUUGUUUAUUCUUGUUUAUCGUUUAAAUCAAGGUCAGUUGUAUGCUGUUUAUAAUUAAGUGGAUUUAUAGUUUUUGCCACAUACUAUUAAAGUCUUUCCCAUAUUAAUGGCAAGGUUAGCAUGUGCAUAUCUCGUGCUUUGUAUCUCUGCAUAUAUUUCUGAUGAAUGCUUUUCUUGCAAGUAGGCAGUCUUGGUGAAGUCCCAUGCUGCUCCACAGAGGCAUUCCCCAUUAGCUAGAAUUACAGAUUGGUUUCCUUGCUCUGUCUUACUGUUACUCUUCAAUCUUAACGUUUAUCUUUAUGGCUCUCUGUUGGCAAUGUCCCUUGACAAACAUCUUUCCAUCAAAGAAAACGGGUUUGUUUUUCUGUGUCUCAGGGAUUUUUACCCCUGAACUAGUGAACUUGAAAAAUAUUCCUUAUUCUCCCUUUCAGGGCUUCUGAGUGCCUGAUGACUUCCACAGUCAGUUUACUCACACAUUUUAACUUCAGACCUGGCUAUUUAAAAAAACCCAACAAUUAUUCUAAUGUUGGAUGUGGCAAAGGGGAAGAAAACUGUUUUCAUUGUCACAUAUCUGGAAAGACUGGCUGUUUCACUAGCAUUUAUUACUUUCUAACAUUCUCUGUAAAAGUCAUUUAGUUGUGUGCUGGGAUCAUGCUUGAUGUAUAUUCCUGAAGAAACUUUAGCAAAUGGAAUUUUGUGAUCAGUAUUUUAUUUGUAUGUGUUUUGAAAAUCCAUAAAGCUUAAAAUAAAAUGAUCAUAAUAUUGCUAAU